AAUCUUACAUCUCACCCGCUAUCUUCAGGCUCUCUUACUUCCAACCUGAGCAGAUAUUGCAAUAGUCUUUCCCAAACAAAAAAAUUACAGCAUAGCGGAGUAUGUCAGACUCAGCCGAACCCGAUGUUGCGCUCCCCACUGCACCGUUACCCGACGCUCCAAAGAAAACCUACGACGCAUCAUGCCACUGCGGUGCCUUCAGAUACUCUGUCGCUGUUUCACCUCCACUAGAUGACCCAAAUGCGGUUGUGAUGGAAUGCAAUUGUAGCAUCUGCGUAUGCAAUGGCUACCUCUUUGUCUACGUGCCCAACGAACUCGUCAUUUUCACCGAGGGUAGUAUUGAGCAGUUCAAAUCUUACUCUUUUGGCUUCAAAAGGAUGAAUCAUUACUUCUGCGGCACCUGUGGCGCAUCGUGCAUGGUGCGCUCCAAAGACCCUAGUUUCUUUCCUGGAAUGACUUGUGUCAACGUACGCAUGCUUCAGGGCGUAAAGCUCGAGGACUUGAAGCGCAAGCCUGGCGAUGGGAAGAGCUAUUGAGUGAAAUUGUGUCUGGCCCAGCCAGUAUAACGAGUGGGUGAUGCUGGGAGGAAAGAAGUGGAAACCAGUGUGAAGUCGAUAUCUAAACAAAAUACGAGAAUUCAAUCGAGAUAUGGUCGAUUAGUUGGUGUUCAAAUGUUCCGAGGUAUCGAAUGUACGGCUCAAGAUGCUGACACAGAGUGGGGACGAUCGAUUAGAAAUACAGUUUCGCCCUGCA